UAAUAUUGAGCAAAUACAUUAUAUAACUUGUUUUGAUAUAAUAAGAGAUUUAAUUGAAAAAAAAAUCCAUGUAACUAUCAUAAUGAUUUUCCCCAACAAAGUUUUCUGUGAGAAAAUGUCUCUCUUUGGACAGCUGAACAUCAAAGAAACAAGACUAAUUUCUGUAGGUAGCUGAAUGUUUGUUGAUUGACUUUCCUUGCAGACCAGAGGGCACCCACUAACAUCCAAAUACAACAAACUGGAACAGACUGUACUGUCACAUGGGAUCCCCCACCAAAACCUGGAUUUCAAGUUAUGGAGUACCAAGUGAUGGCUACAGCCCAGCUGCCUGCCAGAGAUGAUGAUGUAUGGGAAAAUGAGUAUGAUAACGUCACCAAAUCCACGGGACAAGGGACAAGGACUGCAACGUUCCAGAAGUCUUCCCCAGAUGCCACCUCACUAACAAACCUAAGGGAGCUGAGGCCCAACUCUAUCUAUCCGUUUCGAGUCAGGGCUAGGUCACAAGAUGGCUGGGGUGGAUACAGUAAAGAAGUCAACUGCACAGUGCCCCCUCUGGCAGUUCCUUUUCCACCACCUGCUCCAAUAAAAAAUGAUGACGCAGCAACUAGAGAGAGCAGUGACCGGACCAUUCCUAUGUGGCUGUAUGGAGCCCCGAAUCGCUACGGACCUGUGGGGUGCUACCAGGUUGUGGUCAUUGAGCUGAAAAAUGGAGCAACAACUGAUGAACUGCCAGCACCACAAAACCUGGAAGUGUUCAACAAUUACAGCCAGGCAGCCGCCAAUUACAGCCAAUCAGCCGGAAAAAAUUACAUCGCCUAUGUAGCUGCCGCUCAUAGAGGGUGA